CCUACAAAGCGGAGAGGGUCGACCUUCGCCUCUUAUUCCCGAGAGCUCUCUCUCUCUCUCUCUCUCUCUCUCUCUCUCUCUUCCGCGCUUGAAGGCGAUCAGCUGUGCCAUUGCCAUCUCUUCCUUCUGCCUUUUGUUUCAUUCGGUAAGGUAUGCUGCUUUUGGAUCUCUGUUUGUGAUCUAUAACCCCUGUUUUGUGUUUAGCAUCUGCUUCUUUCUUCUGAGAAAUGUGAGUUGAGAAGAUGAAUCGGGGAGCGAUCUAAUCGGGCAAUGUUGUGCUGAAUGCAUCGGUCUAAGAAUACUGUAGUCUGUAGUUUGCCAUGGAAUUAAGCCGUUCAGUUAUCAGGGAAUCAUGAUUUGUUCUUCGUCUUCUUCUUCGGUGUCAUUUAGACACUAUGGGCCACUUAUUGAUGUUAUCGUAAAGUGACAGUAGUUGCAAGGUCAAAACCUUUGUCCUCUUUCUCCGGUUUCCUUACCGAUGUGUUUGCUUCGACAAUGGCUUCGACAACCUUUUCUCUUCUCUGUUCCCUGUUCGACGCGCGUCAUGCUAGGUAAAAGAUCCCAACUUUCUUGCUUCUCUCCUUCCAGGUCUGCAUCUUUCUCGUCGGAGCGAUGAGAGCAGAGCACACUCGGAUGCCCAAGUCUUCUUCUUGGACAAAGACCGUUGUCUGGAAAUGGUUCCACUCGAAGAACGCAGAGUCCUCCUCUGACCGCAACAAUAAACUUGGAGAGCAACAAAGGAGGAAGAGCUGUUCGGACAAGGACAGCAGCGUGCUCGGAAUAAGGGACUUGUCAGGUGGGUGGGUGGUGGAGCGCUCCGGCAAUCUCGAACCUCCCCCUUCGCAAGACAAGUCACUAGCCGGCUCUUCUCUGCCCACCGAGAACCUCCGGGUGUUCGUGGGGACAUGGAACGUGGGAGGGCGACCACCCCACGGUGGGCUCAACCUAAGAGAUUGGCUCAUGAACACGCCGUCUUCCCCUGCAGACAUCUAUGUCCUCGGGUUUCAGGAGAUCGUCCCCUUGAACGCCGGGAAUGUGCUGGGCCCCGAGGACAAGGGCCCCGCGGGUAGGUGGCUCUCCCUCAUUGGUCAGACGCUGGACUCCCACCACAGGGCCGCCCCUGGCGUUCCCAAUCGUUGCACCAACGCCGCGGAGAAGCGGAGGGUCAGCUUCCCAGACCUCUCGUCCGUUGAGCUUGGGCUGGAGGAGGCCGAAGACGGCGGUGAGGAGUCGCUCAUGCGGCGCUGCGAGGAGUACCACCUCGUGGCAAGCAAGCAGAUGGUGGGGAUCUUCCUCUGUGUUUGGGUGCGAACCAGGCUGGUGCAGUGCAUCACCAGCCUCGAGGUCUCCUGCGUCGGCAGGGGCAUCAUGGGCUGCAUGGGAAACAAGGGAUCGACCUCCGUCAGCAUGACACUUCACCGGACCACGUUCUGCUUCGUUUGCACGCAUCUGGCUUCCGGGGAGAGAGAUGAAGAUGAGGGCCGAAGGAACUCCGAUGUGCUGGAGAUCAUGAAGAGGACGAGGUUCCCACAAGCACGCAGGAGGAUUCCAGGAGCAGCAUCACCUCGUUGUCCACGGACAAUACUGGAGCAUGAUAAGAUCAUAUGGCUUGGAGAUCUUAAUUAUCGACUAGCUUCCACCGGCAACGACACAAACGAACUGUUAAAGAAGCAAGACUGGCAAGGCUUAUUAGAGAAGGACCAGCUUCGUAUACAACACAAAGCAGGGGGAGUGUUUGCUGGGUGGGAGGAAGGGAGGAUAUGUUUCCCUCCGACUUACAAAUACAUUUCUAAUUCCGACAUUUAUGAUAUGAAUUGGGCAAAUUCAAGAGACAAAAGACGCACCCCAGCUUGGUGCGACCGUAUACUAUGGCGAGGGAAGGGGAUGAAGCAAAUGUGGUACGUGAGAGGAGAGUCGCGGUUCUCCGACCACCGGCCGGUAAGCUCCCUCUUCGCUGUACAGUUGGACGACGGACACCACGGUGUGGCAGCCGACCAGCACAGAACAGCGGGAGCAGAUUCAAGAGGCAGCAGCUCGCCGUGCUCAUCAUCAUGGGGGAAGGUGCAGGCCGAGGAGAUGUUCCUCGUAGGAAGAACACACAGCUGCUUGGAAGCCAGCAGAUUCUGAAACCUUUUGAGGGAACCCAUUGUUUAAUCCCGGAGCUCAGAUCCUAAUUUGCCAUCCAAAGAAUAGGCAGAAACACGAGGGAGAAGAAGAGGCCAACUGUGUUCACAAAAGGUCUCAUUGAUUCAAUUCACCGAACACCUGGUAGGCGCGUGCAGAGAGGAGAGGCCAAAGGCGGCCUUCGCACGUCUAACCACGUGCUCGAGACCGGAGAGAAGGCAACCUUGUCAACUGACGGAAUCUAAUAAUUGUGGCCGCCGCAUCUAGGAGAAACGGUGCCAUGCUUUUGACAUUAAGAUAGAGAAUAAAAAGUGCGAUGAUUUAGAAGCCAACAGGAAUUUGCAUACCGCGGCA